CAUCAGGAGUGCACGGUGAGGAACAUUUACAGAAGGACUAAAGAAGAGAAAAGAGAUUUGAAGAAAGAUUCACUUGCUUGAGACAGUUUGAUACAUCUAGCAUUAUCAUGGCAUCACAAUUUGGAAUAAGUGAAGGAGAGCUGGUUGAGAUGAGCAGUGUCCUGACAUCCAGAGUGGUCAGUGACGUAGUGGCUCAGGUGCAAGGCAUGCUUCAACAAACAACCUCUGUGACCCUUAACAUCGCAGUUACUGGAGAAUCAGGUUCAGGAAAGUCUUCUUUCAUUAAUGCUUUCCGUGGAGUUUCUGAUGAUGAACCGGAAGCAGCAGAGACAGGUGUAACAGAAACCACCAGGGAUAUCAGAGCAUACUCACAUCCCUCUGCUCGCAAUGUCUUGCUGUGGGACCUGCCAGGAAUCGGGACCCCCUCGUUUCAGCCUAAAACAUACUUGGAGGAUGUUGGUCUUCUGAAUUAUGACUUUUUUAUCAUUGUCUCAUCUGGUCGCUUUCAAGAGUGCCAUUCUGCACUGGCCAAACAUAUAAUGCAAGCUCAAAAGAAGUUUUAUUUCAUCAGAAACAAAGUGGACCAGGAUUUGGAAGCCAUUACCAGGCGCAGGAAUCGAAGUAAUUUGUCAGAUGAUAAUGUGUUGGGUCAGCUCCGUUCAGACUGUGAAAACAAUCUGAGGAUAGGUCAGGUGGAACAGCCCCAGGUUUUCUUGAUCUCCUGCUUUCACCCGCAGAGAUAUGAUUUCCCGGCGCUUCAGAUGACCUUACUACAGGAGUUAGAGGGGCACAAGCGCCAUGUCCUGCUUUUGUCAUUGCCUAACCUCAGCAAAACUGUAAUACAAAGCAAGAAAGAAGCUCUGUCGCAAGCUUUAUGGAAGACAGCUAUGGGAGCAUCUUUGAGCAGUGUCGGUAGUGGAGCCACUUUCCAUGCCAUUGUUCCUAAAUUGAUGGAUACUCUGAAAACCUAUCAGCAGACAUUCUGUAUCGAUUCACAGUCUCUCCAGCGAUUAGCCGAUAUAACCGGCAUAUCAUUUCAGGAGCUUCAGAAAGAGGUAACCUCCAGCUAUGGAAGAGAACUAACAUCACAGACCCUGGAAUGCUCUCUAUCUCAGGUAGCUUCAGGACAAAAUCUCCUGGCGACUCAGCUGGAGAGCAGGAUCCCGAUUUUGGGCUCUGUCGUCGCCGGUGGGAUUUCCUUUGUGGCCUCCUACUACCUGCUAACAACUGCCUUGAAAGAACUGAGUGAAGAUGGAGAAAGAGUCAUGCAAAAAGCCAUCCUUAAUACUUAUUCUUAAUCUUAACAAAUGGAUUAUGUCAGUUAUUGUAUGUAAAAUGACUAACCCUGCAUUGAAAGUAGUCUGUCCUCUCUGAGUAUAA